AUGCCCCCUCUUCCGAGUCAGUCUGAGCAAUCUAUAAGCUUGGAGUCGUCUUCCCAACGGCCUCGCACAAGUAGUUGGCUCAAAGCGGAGGCCGAACGACAUCAACAAGAACAGCCUGUCCUCAAGACAAGGAAACACUCGCUCUCGACUGAGACAGGCGGCAUUGUCACUGAUGGAAAUCCGGAAACGGCUCCCUCGAAAUCGACGGGCGAGCGGGCGGCAACGCCUUUCCCAAAGCCCGUUCAAUGCAAGGGUCGGUAUACUAUCGAAGACCUCUAUCCAGAGGAAAACCGGAAUUCCGCUGUAAGUGAAUGGUUGAGGCGCGUGUUGGCUUCCGUCUCUAGUCGUCAGAAUUCUGUUGAACAGGACGACAGUUCCGCUUCAAGCGACCUGGCAUCCCCUUCGAGUGAGACCACCGGUAUAGAGCCAAAGCAUCCACAAGAUUCGUCGACCUUAUUGAAAACUCCAAAACCUGACCUAAAGCGGAAACGAGCUCAGACCGAAGAAGUCGUACCUCGAGACGAGAAGGAAAAUCCUCAGGAACAGCGACAGAGAGCCCCGUUGGAUUGUCUUCACCGUUCUCGAAGCCAUGGAAUGCCUUCUGGUCAUUCCUGUCGGUAUCAUCGUUACGAAGUUGCAAACAAACCUGCAGAAGAAGAUAUCGCUUUCGCGACUCUGCUCUACGAAAUCGGCUCUGGCAAGAAGUCGUUUAAUUGGCUUAGCAGUGAGGAAGUACAGCAGUGUUAUAGCAAUGUCGAGUUCCCAGACGAUGUCAAAUCCCUUUCACGUCUCCUCUUUAUUACCGUCUUGUCAUUCUGGAGCGUCGAGUUUGCCAACAUCAGUGAAUCAUGUGCAUGGAGCGUUUGCAGAUAA